CUGUUCCAUCGGCUGAAAAUACAUUUUUAUUUGCCCCUUCAAAUUAUGAAAAUUACAAAAUUUCCUCGAUUUACUCCGCUUUUCUUCUCCCUCAAGUUGCCCCUCCCAUAAGAUAUCUGUUUGUUCUCAUCUCUCAGAUCAAGUCAGUCCUAACAAAUACUCGUAGCUUUCCUCCGGUUAGUCUCCGACAGCUACACGUCUUUCCAUUUAUGUUUUAGUGAUAAUUUUUGAUAGAUCUCCCUUUUUGAUUGAUCCAUAUAUUAGGGUUUCGUUGAAUAGCAAUCGCAAUGACUAAGGAUUCCAUCAAUGUUCCCGCCAAAGGCGGGUUUAGCUUUGAUUUAUGCACUAGGAAUGCCAUGCUGAUGAAGAAAGGGGCUCAACCUCCUUCUUUUCUCAAGACGGGAACUACCAUCGUUGGAUUGGUUUUUGAGAAUGGUGUCAUUCUUGGAGCAGACACACGAGCCACUGAAGGACCCAUAGUUGCUGAUAAAAAUUGUGAAAAGAUUCACUUCAUGGCUCCUAACAUUUAUUGUUGUGGAGCAGGGACUGCUGCAGAUACAGAGGCUGUGACAGACAUGGUCAGCUCCCAGCUGAAGCUGCACAGAUAUCACACUGGGCGUGAAUCCAGAGUUGUCACGGCACUUACAUUGUUGAAGUCUCAUCUUUUCAAUUAUCAAGGACAUGUUUCGGCUGCGUUGGUUCUUGGUGGAGUUGAUGUUACAGGACCGCAUUUGCAUACAAUUUAUCCACAUGGCUCAACUGACACGCUGCCAUUUGCUACAAUGGGAUCUGGUUCCCUUGCAGCAAUGUCGGUUUUUGAGUCAAGAUACCGAGAAGGUUUAAAUAGGGAUGAAGGAAUCCAACUGGUGACAGAUGCCAUACUGGCUGGAAUUUUCAAUGAUCUGGGUAGUGGAAGCAAUGUUGAUGUUUGUGUAAUCACCAAGGGGCACGCAGAAUACAUUAGAAACCACAAGCUGCCGAAUCCCCGAACAUACCCACAGAAGGGUUAUGCAUUCCCCAAAAAAAUCGAGGUUCUUUUUAAAAAAGUUACACCAUUGAUUGACGCUGUGGAAGUUGCGGUUGAAGAUGCUAUGGAAGAAUAAAGCCAUCCAUUGUUAAUUUGUUUACUCUUAAAAUAAUGACUUCAUAUCCUUUCAGUGUUGUUUCAACCGGCCAUUUUUAUCAAACUUUGGUGCUUUCACUUUUUUCAAUCGACUAAAUUAUGCCUUGAAGGCUAGAAUGUUAAAAGCUAUUAUUGCUCUAGCGAAACAGACUAGGAUCUUAUCAUCGUUGGGAGUCAUGACUCUCAAGAAGAUUAGGCCAUAACCCAUAGGCCAUAGCCCAUAGGUCCUGCAUGAACUCUGCUGCAAAACAAUAUGUGCACUAUGCAGGGAAGGAUAGUCCUCAUGACCUCAUCAUAUGGAUUUAAAAGAUGGUCAGCUGGGUAUAACUUUGUUUUUUUUUUGAAAGGAUUGGUAUAACUUUGUUAGUCAUUGGGGUUGUGUGUUCGAGUUUGACAAACUUAUUCCAUGCUUCGUAAAUAUGUUCAAACAUUUGUACACAAAAUAAGUGCAAGUGCAACAUAGAAAAUAC